AGAGGCUGGCUGGAAGCUGGGCUCCCACCGUGCACUAGCCUGACUCCCCGGCGCUUUCUGCGUGUGGGUGGGCAUGCACGUGUGCGUGUGUGUGCGCGAGGGUAUACAUUUUUAUGCAGUGGGUGUUUAAGGAGCUGAGCACUGAAGCUGGAUUUCCACAAACGAUCAUCACGAGCGCUCCAGGCACAUCAAACUUCCUCUCUUGGAUGGAGGAUGAAGCUGUCCUGGACAGAGGGGCUUCCUUCCUUAAGCAUGUGUGUGAUGAAGAAGAAGUAGAAGGCCACCACACCAUCUACAUCGGGGUCCAUGUGCCAAAGAGCUACAGGAGAAGGAGACGUCACAAGAGAAAGGCAGGGCACCGAGAAAAGAAGGAAAAGGAGAGAGUCUCGGAGAACUACUCAGACAAGUCGGAUGUGGAGAAUGCGGAUGAAUCCAGCAGCAGCAUCCUGAAACCUCUCAUCUCACCUGCCGCCGAGCGCAUCCGCUUCAUCUUGGGCGAAGAGGAUGACAGCCCAGCACCCCCUCAGCUCUUCACCGAGCUGGACGAACUGCUGGCCGUGGAUGGGCAGGAGAUGGAGUGGAAGGAGACAGCCAGGUGGAUUAAGUUUGAAGAGAAAGUGGAGCAGGGUGGGGAGAGGUGGAGCAAGCCCCACGUGGCCACGUUGUCCCUUCACAGCCUGUUUGAGCUGCGGACAUGUAUGGAGAAAGGAUCCAUCAUGCUCGACAGGGAGGCGGCUUCUCUCCCGCAGUUGGUGGAGAUGAUUGUUGAUCAUCAGAUUGAGACGGGCCUGUUGAAACCUGACCUGAAGGAUAAGGUGACCUAUACUUUGCUUCGGAAGCACCGGCAUCAAACCAAGAAAUCCAACCUUCGCUCCCUGGCUGACAUUGGGAAGACAGUGUCCAGUGCAAGUAGGAUGUUUACCAGCCCUGAGAAUGCCCGCAGCCCGCUUGAGAACUCAGUGCCCUGCCUAGCAACCCGCACCUUGGACGACGAACCCCGAGUGCGUCGCGCUCCCAGCGUGGGAUGGCUGAGUAGCCCUGCCAUGACCCACAGGAAUCUGACUUCUUCCAGUCUUAAUGACAUUUCUGAUAAACCAGAGAAGGACCAGCUGAAGAAUAAGUUCAUGAAAAAACUGCCACGUGAUGCAGAAGCCUCCAACGUGCUUGUUGGCGAGGUCGACUUCUUGGAUUCUCCUUUUAUUGCCUUUGUUCGGCUACAGCAGGCAGUCAUGCUGGGGGCCCUGACUGAGGUCCCUGUGCCCACAAGGUUCCUGUUCAUUCUCUUAGGUCCUAAGGGGAAAGCCAAGUCCUACCAUGAGAUUGGCAGAGCCAUUGCCACCUUGAUGUCUGACGAGGUGUUCCACGACAUUGCUUAUAAGGCGAAAGAUAGGCAGGACCUGAUCGCGGGCAUUGAUGAGUUCCUCGACGAAGUCAUCGUCCUGCCACCCGGGGAAUGGGACCCAGCGAUCAGGAUAGAGCCUCCUAAGAGUCUUCCGUCAUCCGACAAAAGAAAGAAUAUGUACUCAGGUGGAGAGAAUGUUCAGAUGAAUGGGGACACGCCCCACGAUGGAGGCCAUGGAGGAGGAGGCCACGCGGACUGCGAGGAGCUGCAGCGCACCGGCAGGUUCUGUGGUGGACUCAUUAAGGACAUAAAGAGGAAAGCACCAUUUUUUGCCAGUGAUUUUUAUGAUGCUUUAAAUAUCCAGGCGCUUUCAGCAAUUCUCUUCAUUUAUCUGGCAACUGUAACUAAUGCCAUCACUUUUGGAGGACUGCUUGGGGAUGCCACUGACAACAUGCAGGGCGUGUUGGAGAGUUUCCUGGGCACCGCUGUCUCUGGAGCCGUCUUUUGCCUCUUUGCUGGUCAACCACUGACUAUUCUGAGCAGCACAGGACCCGUGCUAGUUUUUGAGAGGCUUCUAUUUAAUUUCAGCAAGGACCAUAAUUUUGACUAUUUGGAGUUUCGCCUUUGGAUUGGCCUGUGGUCAGCCUUCCUGUGUCUCAUUUUGGUUGCCACCGAUGCCAGCUUCUUGGUUCAGUACUUCACUCGCUUCACCGAAGAGGGCUUCUCUUCUUUGAUUAGCUUCAUCUUUAUCUACGAUGCUUUCAAGAAGAUGAUCAAGUUGGCUGAUUACUACCCCAUCAACUCCAACUUCAAAGUGGGCUACAACACUCAAUUUUCCUGUGUUUGUGUGCCACCCAACCCAGUUAAUAUCUCAGUGUCUAAUGAUACCACAUUGGCUCCUGAGGAUUUGCAAACUGUUUCUUCUGCUGACAUGUACCACAAUGCUACCUUUGACUGGGCAUUGUUGACGAAAAAGGAGUGUUUAAAAUACGAAGGAAAGCUUGUGGGGAACAACUGCGAUUUUGUUCCUGAUAUCACACUGAUGUCCUUCAUCCUCUUCUUGGGCACCUACACCUCUUCUAUGGCUCUGAAAAAAUUCAAAACUAGUCGUUAUUUUCCAACAACAGCAAGAAAACUGAUCAGUGACUUUGCCAUUAUCUUGUCCAUUCUCAUCUUCUGUGUAAUAGAUGCUCUGGUAGGUGUGGAUACUCCGAAACUAAUUGUGCCAAGUGAGUUCAAGCCAACAAGUCCAAACCGAGGUUGGUUCGUUCCACCAUUUGGAGGAAACCCCUGGUGGGUGUACCUAGCAGCUGCUAUUCCUGCUUUGUUGGUCACCAUUCUGAUUUUCAUGGACCAGCAAAUCACAGCUGUGAUUGUAAACAGAAAAGAACAUAAACUCAAGAAAGGCGCUGGCUACCACCUGGAUCUGUUUUGGGUGGCCAUCCUCAUGGUGGUGUGCUCCUUCAUGGCUCUCCCGUGGUAUGUGGCUGCCACUGUCAUCUCCAUUGCUCACAUCGACAGUUUGAAGAUGGAGACAGAGACGUCGGCACCUGGAGAACAACCAAAGUUUCUAGGAGUGAGGGAACAAAGAGUCACUGGAACCCUUGUGUUUAUUCUGACUGGUCUGUCAGUCUUUAUGGCUCCCAUCUUGAAGUUUAUUCCCAUGCCUGUUCUCUAUGGCGUGUUUCUGUACAUGGGGGUAGCAUCUCUUAAUGGUGUGCAGUUCAUGGAUCGCCUAAAGCUGCUUCUGAUGCCCCUGAAGCAUCAGCCGGACUUUAUCUACCUGCGCCACGUGCCCCUGCGCAGAGUCCACCUGUUCACGUUCCUGCAGGUGUUGUGUCUAGCCCUGCUCUGGAUCCUCAAGUCAACUGUGGCUGCUAUCAUUUUUCCAGUCAUGAUCUUGGCACUUGUAGCUGUCAGAAAAGGCAUGGACUACCUCUUCUCCCAGCAUGACCUCAGCUUCCUCGAUGAUGUCAUUCCAGAAAAGGAUAAGAAAAAGAAGGAGGAUGAAAAGAAAAAGAAAAAGAAGAAGGGGAGUCUGGACAGUGACAAUGACGAUUCUGACUGCCCAUACUCAGAAAAAGUUCCAAGUAUUAAAAUUCCAAUGGACAUCAUGGAACAGCAACCUUUCCUAAGUGAUAGCAAACCUUCCGACAGAGAAAGAUCACCAACAUUCCUUGAACGCCACACAUCAUGCUGAUAAAAUUCCUUUCCUUCAGUCACUCAGUAUGCCAAGUCCUCCUAGAACUCCAGUAAAAGUUGUGCCUCACAUUAGAAUAGAACUUGAGCCUGAAGACAAUGAUUAUUUCUGGAGGAGCAAGGGAACAGAAACUACAUUGUAACCUGUUUGUCUUUCUUAAAACGGACUGUUUUUGUUGUUUAUGUUCUUGUUUUUUGUCUGGUUGUUUGUUUUUUUAAUUUUUGUUUUGGUUUUUGGUCACUGGCCAAAUAAUACAGCACUCUCUCUGAUCUCUCUUGCAUAGGUAAAAUCAAGACAGUAGUACACCGUUCCUUAAAAACCACACCCGAGGAACCCCCUUUUUGUUCUUAUACUUUCAGACGUGUCCUCUAACAACCAAAUUCCUCUGUCACUCCAGACAUUCAGAGACUCUGUCCUUCUCCUGUAGUAAGCAGAGGGCAAAAGUAUCAAGGAUUUUAUAACACCUUUUGUUAAACUGUUGAAAGAACUUCCAACUUGAGCAUUGGAGCUAUGCUUACUGGCUUGUCUUUCUGUCUGGUAGAACAAACCUUGACCUCCAGACAGAGUCCCUUCUUGCUUCUAGCGCUUUCCAAGACUGGAAAAAGUGCUGCUGUCCUAACUUGCUCUUGCUUACAAACCCUAAUCUUAGAGUUAUCAAAAGAAAAAAAACUAAAGGUACUUUACUCCCAGUAGAGAAACUGUUGCCAUCAUUGUAGCAAGUGCUGGAAUGUCCCUUUUUUCCUAUGCAACUUUUUUUAACCCUUUAAUGAACUUAUCUGUUGAGUACAUUGAAGAAUAUUUUUCUUCCUAGAUUUUGUUGUUUAAAUUAUGGGGCCUAACCUGCAACUUAUUUUUUGUCAAUUUUUUAAACUUUUUUUUAAUUACUGUAAAGAAAAUGAAUUUUUUCCUGCAGCAGGAAACAUAGUUUUGAGUAGUUCUACCUCUUAUUUGUAGCUGCCAGGCUUUCUGUAAGAAUUGUAUUGUAUAUAAUGUGAUUUUUACAUAAACACACACACACACACACACACACACACACGAUCUCUAGGGUAUGCCAGAGGGCUAGAUCAGAUUAAAAGCACCAUGUUUCUAAGCAUCCAUUUUUCCCUUUCUUUAAGAGAAAUUUAACUGUUCCAUGAAGGAGAAUGGGGGAGGAGGGAGAAGCUCCUUUGUUAUGGGAAUAACUGAUAUUUUGAUAACUGUAGUACCUGGGCACAGAUACUGAUUGUAUUACCAUGUCGAUGUUCUAUGCAGUAUUGAUAGACUUUUUUUUUCUUUCAUUUUGAAAUACUUGCGUAUUUGUGUAUGUACUCUGUGUGUGGCUGGUGCACACACGUGCAAGGUGAGAAAGAAGUGGAGUAAUGGUAGGCAAAGUGCAAAGUUACCUAGUCUCUUGUGUCAGUUUUUUACCCAAACCACACGAAAAAUCCAUCAGAGACCCAGAAGACUUAUUAUGCAAAUGAGGCUAAAUGUAUUUUAUUACCCAUCACUGAUACAGUAGCCAUCACUGCUACUAUCAGCAUCACUGAUACAGUAGCCCAUAUUUACAAUACAAAAUCCAUAGGACUAUUACUAGCCCAUUCAGACAUUUAUCAAGUGUCUAUGGGAAUACAAAUAGAUCUGCCGAGGUAUACGAGGUAUACGUGUACACACUUUAACAAUGCUCAUACUUGUUUUUUAAAGUUGAAAGUCAAUUAUUCUUUGAAAUAGGGACAUUUAGUUUAUAUAUGUCUCUCUCUCUCUGCGUAUGUGUAUUUCAAAGUACCAUAUUGAAAAUUAGAAAAAAGAAAAUUAAGUCUUCAUUAACCAAAUUUAGUAUGUUAUAUAAAUGUAACGUUUUAAUAGUCUGCAUUAUAUAUUAUAAAAUCUGCAUUAAAAACAAUAUUUUAAAUGUUGAAUCCAUAAUUUUGGAUUCUUACAACCAUAUUUAUGAUAGAUCCUGACUAAAACAGGAAGAGUACUGGAAACAGAAUGAAACCACUUAUUUUGGUUGUUUUCGUAAUAUGCACAUAUUGACUCCCAUUCAUUCUUAUGUUAAUCAAAUUAUAAUUCUGCCCUUUUGAGCUUUUGAUUUUAAAAAUUUCAUUAUCCUAAGUUAGCAUGACUUUUAGAGUAUCCGAUAAUCUUAAAAUUUUAAAUUUUAUACACAUUAGACACAAAUGAUCCACAAUUUUUUUCAUUAAAAUGAAGGUGGCAAAUUAAUUACUCCGUAUUACCUAGUUUUUCAUUACCUUGAUAUAAAACUACAUGAAGCCUUUCCUUUUUCCUUACCGGCGGUAGCAUCAGUAUAAUGUUUAAAAGCCAUGCAUUUUAAGUUUAGCCUAACCUAUGAUCUUGUUAAAUUAAAGACACUUUUGUUCACUUGUAUAAAGGCUCUAGAUAUAAUAAUUUAUUUUUCUGAUCAUGAAUCAAGUAUUUGAGGAUUCAUGCUCCUCUCUGUCCCUUUCAAAGAACUCCUAAAGCAACUUAACUCAGUAUUUCAGCCUUUGAGUAGAUCUAAGAGCUAUCUGCACCUUCAUUUAUUAUCCGUAUUCUGUGACAGAAAGUUGGUCCUCAUGAUAGGAAUGCAGAAUAGUACCUUGGUUUGCUGAAAGGGAUAGUUAGUAUCAAACCUUUUCAAUGUUUUGCAAUCCAGGAAAGUAUUUUGAAAAUCAUUUACUUUCAAGGGAACGCAAGCAGUUACCGAAUGAACCCUUAGGUCCACACAGAACCACCAGAUAAUCUUUAUUUUAACUGAAUUUACUCACUGUCAAAGACCUAACCAGAUUUGGGGGUGAUUUUGUUUUUAUGUAACCUGGACACACAGAAUACCACAGUAAAGUCUCUACCAGGCAGUUCUCUCUAUUGUAAAUACGGAGAUACAAGAUUCAGGUUGUUAGAAAUAACGAACUAAGUGCACACACAGAGUUGUCGACCAAAGUCCUGUGGUUGUACAGACUCACUGUGACGGAAGGAAAGCAUCAUUAGGUCAAAAGUCUGCUUAUCAGAGCAUAAAGGCCUGUGGUUUUGCAGAUGAAAGAAAAUCCUUUGGAGACAGUUUUCCUUGAUUAAAAAUUUACCCUUCUCUACUAUGUAACACGACCACCUUGGACUCCUAAUUGUUUUGUGUGCCAUACUGGGUACUGGCCCUGCCUUUUCUUCCAGUCCAGCAGUGGAAUGAGGGUGGGGGAACGGAGAAAGUCAAAGAAGUAGGAAAACAAACCUUCUCUAAUCAGCCCCCACCACUCAAAGACUGGGGGGAAGAAAAACAGUUGUCUGCUGUCAGAAAUUCAGUUUGUAUAUAUUGUAUGCACAUGCACCAACACACACAGAGUAAAUCUUUUAACAGCUCGAUAUUGGUGUUUAAUACAGAGAACGAUUGUCUUCCGAGUUUUCGGUUCUUUUUUUUAAACUGUGUUAAGUACUUGAAAUGUAUUGACUGCUGACUAUCUUUAAAAAACAAAACAAAACCAUUUGAGUUGUAUUACAGAGGUUGACAUUGUUCAGGGAUGGGACAAAGCUUUCUUCAAUCCUUUUCAUACCACUUAAUGAUUUUGGUGCAGGAACUUGAGAUUUUCCUCUUUAUUCCAUGAUAUUUCACAACCACUCUUCAUAGCAUGAGCGCAAAGCCCCGUGGCACCGAGUGGCCCAGUACAUCACAUGACAUUUUGCUUGGGCCUUGGGUGUUUUCUGGUGAUGAUUUCCUUGAGCUUCAUUGCAGCCUGAAAUUACAAUGUUUUUGUGAAAUACACUAACCAGUCAAGUUGUGUUUUGACCAGAAAUUUGGAUAUGUUCUAUUUCUUGGCUCAUUCCUUUGUGCUCUAUGGGUACAUCCAAAAAUCCUGAAUUCUGUUUCUUAGGCAAAUAUUGCAACUCAGGGCUAAAGUCAUCCAGUGAAACUUUUAGAGCCAGAAGUAACUUUGUCCCAGUCCUACAAUGUGAAAAGAAUGAAUAGUUGCCUCUUUUUAGCCAUUUUCAUAGCUGGUACAUAUCCGUACACAUUACUUUUCAGAAUCAGUACGCACUUUCAAAUAUUCUUAUUUUUAUUCUCUUAAGUCUUUAUUAACUUUGGCGAAAUGACACAUCUUUUUAUUUUAAAUGAAGUAGAUCAACAUGGUGGAACAAAAUAAUAAAGAACAGAAAACAUUUCAAUAUAUUGCUAAUAAUUUUUUUCCAGUAUAAAACCUAAAAUUCCUAUAACAUAGUAUUUUACAGUUUUAUGAAGCUUUCUAUUGUGACUUUUAUGGAAUUAAGAGAUGAAGAAGAUGAGAUAUUUUAGCAUUUAUAUUUUUCAAAAUUAAAUGUAUACUUAAAUAAAGUAACUUUAUGCA